AUGCGGCUGGGGCCCAGGACUGUAUUGCUGGAUGCGAAGGGGACCAUCCGGGAGAUUGUCCUUCCCAAAGGGCUGGAUUUGGACCGACCCAAGAGGACCCGGACUUCUUUCACAGCCGAACAGCUGUACAGGCUGGAACUGGAGUUCCAGCGCUGCCAGUACGUCGUGGGCAGAGAAAGGACCGAGCUGGCGAGGCAGCUGAACCUUUCCGAGACCCAGGUCAAGGUUUGGUUCCAAAAUCGUCGCACCAAGCAGAAGAAGGACCAGAGCAGAGAUGCGGAGAAACACGCCUCCUCCAGCUCCGAGUCUUUUGCCACCUGCAACAUCUUGAGACUCUUGGAACAAGGGCGGCUGCUCUCGGUCCCAGCCCCGCCGGCACUGCUCUCCCCGGGUCCUCACCCUGCCGGCGCCACGCCAGGAAAGGGGUCUCCUUCCCCAGGCCUGAGCAGGGCGGGCAGCCCUCCUGCCCCGGGGGGCUUCAGCCUGCAGGUCUCCUCCCUGGCCGCCUCUGCAUCCUCACGACUCCCCACCGCCCCUCUUGGCUUCAGCAGCCCCCUCCUGGGAAGCCUGCACGAGUUACCCAGCGGCUAUGGAUUGGGGCCCUCCGCCUUUGAGCCCUACACACGGCUGGAGAGGAAAGACAGUCCGCUGCACAGCCAGAAGCCCAGCCCUUAAGCCAGGGACAGCUUUAACUCUGGUGCGAAUAAUGACCGCUGCAGGGAGGGUGCACGGGGUCCGAAAAGAACAGAAAAGGCCCCACUUGCUCUCCCUGCAGCCUCCAGCCCAUUCCUUCCCUGCACUGAGUUUUCUAUAUUGCAAGUGGAAAUUCCAACACCGUUUACCAAAUGUCAGCAACGUGAUGUGCGUGCGUGCAUGUGUGCGUGUGCGUGCAUGGAUGUGUGUCCCUUUCAC